UGACUUACUCGUCAGUAUACGAGGACGGUGGCAUCGCGCGGUCGCGUACAUUUGUAUUUUUAAUUUAAUCAUUAUCGUAAUUUACUCUUACUGUUAUACCAACCAGUGAAUACAAGCAAUAAGAUUCAACGACGUCUCAAAUUACAUAGAAGACAAUCAAAAAUAGAUUAAUCCGAUGCCGUCAAGCAAAAAAAUGGUAAAAGAUAUUAAAAAAGGUGGCAUGGACGGCCUAAUUGGUAAGUCCUCGUCUAAAAAGUCCAGUAACAUUUUGGAUUAUGGGAAAAAACAGACGAACAAAGUUUCUGUUAAAACUACUACUAUGAACCAGACAACGAAGAAAAGCACUACUGAAAACUUCCAUGGCAAAAUUGGUAGUACUGUUACUGCUACUAAUCCAAAACAAAAUAAAAAUAAUUUCGCGACUUCAGCUUCGACAAAUAAUGACAAGAAAUAUUCCACAAAUAUUUUUGGAGAAAAGGCGGGAAGUUCUAAAAAUCAUGGGCUUUCCACCUUAGUGUCACAACCAACACCAGUUGCAGAUAAGAACUAUGUUUCUUCUUAUAAGGAUGCUAAAAAUAAAAAAUCAUCAAUAACAUUUGGAAUAAUAUGGCUACCAACGAAAAGACGCAACAAGUUAAAAGAUAACUUAAAAAAUGUUGAUGGACGGGACCGUUCCAAAGAAAGAACACCUUCAAUGUAUAACUUAAUUUCUGAUCGUCCGAUUGAUAAAAUUGAAACAAGUAAGGAGCGGGAUCUAUUCCCUUCUGGAACUCUGAAAAUGGCGCCUCCAGUUUAUUUUAGGGAAAAUAAUAGCGAACAAUCUCUUGGUCUGAAUCAUUUGUAUCACGAAAAAUAUGACGAUCAACACGAACGUGAAGGAAAUGAGGCUGGUGUCUCCAAUACAAGUGUCAAUGGUGCCAAAGAGGAUAUAUCAAAUGAAGAAACCAACACCAACAACAAUCCGCAGUGCAAAGGUGAAGAUGUUGUUGAUAAAGUUAACAUGAUGCGUAGGCAAUCACUAUCGAAAGAACAAACUCCUGAUUCCGGUACAGAAAAGGAGGAAUGUAUAGUUGUAUGGCUUCAUUAUAUGUUACAAUGUAGUGAUUGUUGUAUCAUGUAAAUAUAUGAAAUUUAUUUCAUAUAUUACACCCAUAUCAAUGGUAAAACAAUCAAGACGAGAUCUUUAAAAAAAACACUAUUUUACACCUUUUAAUGUGGAAAUUUGUAGUUGUAAAAAUCGGCUUGUUUUAUACAAUGUUUGUAUAUAUAAUUCUUCUGUGAGUGUGUAUGUCUGAACUUCUCUCAAAUGACUG